GCUCAUCUCAUCCACUUGACUUAGCAUUGUACGAGCACGCUACCCUAAACCUUUAAACUCGUACAGAUCAUCAAUCUACUCAUCUUCCAUCUUGCGGUACAAAUCAGAAUUAGAUCAAAAAUCAAUUCUAAACUACUCUUAUAACAAUCCCAGCGAACCCCCUCUAGUUAUACUACAAUCAUGGACAUCGACCCAUCAGGCUCUGGUAGCUGGCGAUUUGCACAAUGCUUCGGUGACAAGGGUGAAGUGGACGACAUCACAGAAGCCGACAUCAUAUCCACCGUCGAGUUCGAUGCAACUGGAAAUUACCUCGCCACAGGCGACAAAGGUGGUCGUGUCGUUCUCUUUGAGCGCAAUGAGUCUAAAAGAGGCUGCGAGUAUAAGUUUUACACAGAGUUCCAGUCACACGAGCCCGAAUUCGAUUAUCUAAAGUCUCUUGAAAUCGAGGAGAAGAUCAACAAGAUCAAGUGGUGUAGACGACAGAAUACCGCCCACUUCUUACUUUCCACCAACGACAAGACAAUCAAGCUUUGGAAAAUAUUUGAGAAGAGUAUCCGUGUAGUCUCAGAGUCAAACCACCUCGAUGGCCAUCGUGCCCUUCCACCCCCAAGUCUUGUCUCCCAUCUCAAGCUCCCCCGCAUGCAGCCACAGGACAACAUCAUCGCCGCAGUCCCACGUAAAGUCUACGCCAAUGCCCAUGCCUACCACAUCCAUUCCAUAUCUGUCAAUUCCGACCAGGAAACCUACAUCUCUGCAGACGAUCUACGCAUUAACCUCUGGAACCUCGGCAUCAGUGAUCAGAGUUUUAACAUCGUGGAUAUCAAACCUGUGAAUAUGGAAGAACUCACAGAAGUGAUCACCGCAGCGGAAUUCCACCCUCAGCAAUGCAACCUUUUCAUGUACUCGAGCUCAAAAAGUAAUAUCAAGCUUGCAGAUAUGCGCGACUCCGCACUAUGCGACCGUCAUGCAAAAUGCUUCGAAGAAGAAGAGGAUCCAACAUCCCGAUCCUUCUUCUCCGAGAUCAUCUCUUCUAUAUCUGAUGUCAAGUUCAGUCACGACGGGCGAUAUAUCUUGUCGCGCGACUAUCUCUCUCUUAAGAUCUGGGACAUUAACAUGGAAUCACGCCCUGUGAAGACUAUUCCUAUCCACGACCACCUCCGCGGCAAGCUUUGCGAUCUGUAUGAGAACGACUGCAUCUUUGACAAGUUUGAGUGUGUAUGGAGUGGAGAUGAUAAGCAUGUACUAACGGGCUCGUACCACAACUUCUUCCGCAUAUUUGACACCGACUCGCCGAAUGAUGUCGUGUUGCAAGCGGACAAGUCUGCUUUCAAGGCCAAGAAGAUCGGCGCACCUGCCGGCAAGAACGGGCUCAAGAACGGCCCGCGGCCCGGCGGACUGCGGGACGCAAUGCAAACGGAUACACUUGACUUUAACAAGAAGAUCUUGCAUGCUAGCUGGCAUCCACGAGAGAACACGAUUGCUAUUGCUGCGACGAACAACCUGUUCUUGUACAGCGCAGCAUAAUCCGCUUCUACCCUCACCCACAUUUCUUUGGCAAGAGAGGGCAAGUCAGCAGUGUACAAGCGCCCGAGACACCGUAUUACGCACGGACUCAUUCUUUCUUACACUACACUACCAUAUUACCGUGGGCGCUCGUUUUAUCCAUCUUGCUUACGAUACGAAUCAGAUACCACGUACAUACAACUGCGUAUUACCCUGUUUGUGUUUUCGGGACAUGUUUCUCAUCCUUGGGCGCCCCUUCUUCCCUCUCCCCCUUACUCACGCACCUUGCAUAUCCCCCUACCACCACGUGCAUCAUGUUUUCGAGAAAAAGAUUCGUGUAGAAUGAGAUGAAGAAGAAGUAAUCAAUG